AUGUCCUAUAAUUCGUCAUCAUCCCCAACACGAUCAACACCACUUCCAAUAUCAACAGAAAAUUCUACAACAACAACAUAUGAUCCAUUUUUUUCAACAUUUGAUCAAAAUUCAUUUGCAAGUCAUUUUUCAUCAACUGGUGUACCAUAUCCAUUUUAUUCUGAUGCAGCUACAUCAUAUUUUUCAAGUCAAGCUAGAUCUUAUUCGGAUUAUCUUUGUCAACAAACAGAUCAACCAACAAAUACAAAUCCUUCAACAGCAACACCAAUUACAAAUUCAUGGUAUCAACCAACACAUUGUGCAGAUCCAAGAUUUGCAAUGUCACGUUUAUUAACUGGUCAAACUUCAUCACAAUAUGAUAUGUAUCCAUCGGGUACAUCAAUGGUUGAUCCAUUAAAAUCAGCUUAUCAUCCAUUUGCAUUUGCACCAAAACGUAAACGACGUGUUUUAUUUACUCAACAACAAGUUAUGGAACUUGAAAAACGUUUUGAUAAAAAUCGUUAUUUAAAUGCACAAGAUCGUGAUCAAUUAGCACAUUCAUUGAGUUUAACAUCAACACAAGUUAAAAUUUGGUUUCAAAAUCAUCGAUAUAAAACAAAAAAAGCAUCAAAAGAAAAACCGGGAAAUAAUUGUAGUGAUAGUGGAGAUGAACAACACCAAACUUUAAAUAAUAAUAAUAAUAAUCAUCAUCAUCAACAACAACAACAAAUGCAAUCAAGCAUGUUUCAACCUCAAGUACCUAUACCAGGACAAACACAUCCACGACUUCAUCAUGGUCAUCAUUUACAUCAUCAUUCACCUCUUCAUUUACUUAAACACGAACCACGAUAA